AGGGAACCCAUUUUCCCCAAACCUCAGACCAUCCUGUAAAUCUCCCCAAGUCACAAAACGUCAACAUACUGCAAAUUUCUAGGGUUAAGGUUUAAUGGGCAAAAUUGACGCCAAGGCUCUCCUCAAGGACAAGAAAUUUUGGUUUGCUUCUUUCCUCAUUGCCUGGGCUGCUGCUCUCCAGGGGCACAUGAUGUGGUUACAGAGGCAGGACUCCUUCAAGCAGAAGUUUGACACCGUUAACCAAUCCAAUGAUGAUGCAGGAAAAUGAACCCUGCAUAAUUUGAGAAACCAACAAAUGGGUUCUGUUUUUGACAUGGAGAUCAGUUGCUGCAUUAGUGGAAGCUAUUGAAAUCUUUAUGUAAAGAAACGGAGUUACUCUCAUCUUUAGAUGUGUUCCUUCUUUACAUUUCAUUAUGUUAGCAAUAAUCAAUUAGGAUAUAAACUCUUGAGAACAGUAAGAAUAUGAGAUUUGUGAAUAAUUCUGGGUCAAGUUUCUGAUGAUCAUGACUGUGUUGUCUUUUUGCUUAUAAUUUAAAUAAGCUGUCUCCUUGUUUCGAGUGGUAAAAAAGUUCCUGUGUGAUAAAGUGACCGCAGUAUUUUGUCUUUAAAUCACUCCUAAAUGACUUGCAAUUCUUCAAGUCAGUAUAAGGCUGAAUUUCAAUCCAUACAUACGGAACUGCUUGAUGUAGUGUAAUGUAGACCUUGUAGCAGCGGUUCGGAUUGCCCAGAUCUGAAACAUAUGUGCAGAACUUGCUACUCCGGCAGAAAAUUCGUAUAAGUGUUGUAUUGUAGAUUGCUUUUCAGAUUCUAGAGUUAUUUUUUUUUUUGAAUUUCUGCCAAAGAAGUUGACUAACAUUUUUACCCUAAUUGAAAUUGUUGUUUUACAUUUAGAAAUCCAGAAAUUACAGCCUGAAAGUGUUGCUUGAUACCAGACAGAAGCUAUAUUUCUGCAUUUCUCCAAGUCUUCAGGAGCUUUAUUUAUGUGGAGUCUUUUGUAAGCUAAAUUUGGACGUGCUGCGGAUGGUAAUGCCUUCUGUUUCAGCAGCCAUAUCACUCUGUCGUUAACUACUUAAACUGUUGUGAAGUUUGCUGGAAACGAUUUAAAGGACUUGUCAGUAAUGUGGUGAAGCUUGAUUAUCA